AUGGACUCCUCAACCCCCAAAGUUGAGAAGUCCCCAAGAACCUUCACCCUCUUCCCCACCCUCCCCACCGAACUCCGUCUCAAAAUCUGGCACUUCAUCCUCCCAGGUCCCCGCGAUGUGAUAAUCAAAUAUGAAUUCUCUCGCAGCCAAUCCUCACGGAUCCCCCUCACCACCUGGAAAAGCCCCACACCCAUCCCCCAAAUCCUGCACAUCAACCGUGAAGCCCGGGAGGUCGGCCUGAAGUACCUGACUCCCGCGCUACCUCACAUCUACAUGAACCUCCCCCUCGACACCUUCGUCCUAGGCAACGGCACGUCCGCUCACCGCGUCGACUACCCGCUUCUGGAUAUCUUACUGGGAGGAGAUUAUCAGGGUGAUGACGUGGUGGGCAAGAUUCAGCGGCUGAAGAUGGAUGAGCGGGAGGAGGAUUAUGGGAGGAGCUUUUUUGUGUUUGAUGAGGUGAGGCAGUUUGGGGGGUUGAGGCUUGUGACGAUAUUUUUGGAUGAUGAGGAGGAUGGUGAUGUGAGUUUGUCUUUUGGGGUUAUGAGGGAGAGGCUUGAGAGUGUAAAAAGACGGUAUCCGGAGUGGAGGGUUCCGAGGAUUGAGGUGAGGAGGAGUGGGGGUUGUGAAGUUGGGGUUCUGGAAGGAGAUAAUACUGGAAGGGGAGAGUGA